AUGCAAUGUUUCCAGGACGUCGGAUUGGUCGCUGUGGCCGGUUCCUCGUCACCUUCACGUUCGCUCGGCUUAACCUCUUGGGAUUUCUUUCCGUGGGGUUACGUGGAGCAACAUGUCUUCCAGACACUGCCCGCGUCCGUCAACGGAUCGAAAGACAGAUUUGAUACCGUUCUUAACAACAUUCCACGUGCGACUCUUGCAGCAGUGAAGCGUGAAGUUCUGUGUCGUGUACGACAUUUUUUAGCAUGUGGCGGACGAUUAAUACCACAUUCCACACUAGAACAUUUGUAUUCGCAUGCCAAAUAUGGUGAUCAAAAUUAUGAAAAUAAAGAGGAUUGCGAUUGGAUAAUCAGUGCAAAAGACAAUCAACGCAUCCAGUUAAGAUUUUUAACAUUUGAACUAGAACACGAACAGGACUGCAGUUACGAUUACGUUGAUAUCUUCAAUGGUUACGACGAUUCUAGUCCUCAUCUCGGUCGCUUCUGCGGUAACAAGGUUCCUCCUGAAAUCCUUUCCUCUUCGGAUUCGCUUUUAGUACGGUUCAGAUCCGACGAUACCAUUAACAAUAAGGGAUUUUCAGCAGCAUAUAUCGCUAUAGACGGAGAUGAAGUUUAUCCAAAAUUAGAGAAACAUUGACAAGAAUUACGUAAUAAUCUCUUUUUAUAGAUUUCGUCUUCCUUUAUUCAAGAAAUCGCACAAAAACAAAAAUUUGAGCAAUAAGAUCUUUCAUACUUUGAAAAUAAAGCGGUUGAAUUAUUAUAAAAAACGCAUGUAUGUAUACAAAAAAUACUGUAUACUAUAUUUGCAUACGCAUACUGUAUAUGUAUGUAUUAUAUAUACGGCAUAUAUAGUUAAAGUAUCCAAUAGAAUGUUUGUGUUGUGAUGUAUAUAGUAAGAUAUUAAUGGUGUUUUUGUCAAUAUCAAUGUAGUUAUUUAAAAAUUAUUGAUACGGUUAUUAUCAAAAAUUAUUUAAAAACUAUAUAUAGAAUUUAUUUUGGGAAGU